AUGUCCAGAUUAGAUAGAUUAGUUGUGCUACUAGAGACAGGGUCAACAUCAUUUAUCAGAAAUACGGCUGCUGACCAGCUAUCAGACUUGGCCAAAGCUCAUCCUGAGGAUAUUUUAAACUUGCUUGCCAGGGUGUGUCCUUUUUUUAAAUCUCCUAAAUGGGAAACUAGAAUAGCUGCUGCACGAGCGUUUGGAGGAAUUGUAAAUAAUGCACCAUUAUGGGAUCCAAAUUCACAAGAACAAAUUAAACAAGAGAAUGAUGCUGAGACCUUGGUUAAAAGGGAAGUUGAGGAUAGUCUAGCUUAUGAGACAAAGAAUUUUAUUAAACAAGAGGCUCAUGAGGAAGUGAAGAUCAAAAUUGAACAAGAUUUAGAAUUGAAUAAACUAGAUGACUCCAUAUCAAAUUUGUUGCUGUUUAAUAAUUUUGAUUUGAAUGAAUUGAUUAAAAGUGGAACAACGUUAUUGGCUUCGAAGUCAGAUAAUACUUUAAAUUGUGAUGACGAAGUUAGUGAGGAUGAUAGGACUCUAAUUGGUAGGAUAAAGAGACAUAGAGCUAGUAUACUACCGAAACAAGAAUCACUUGAUGCAGAUGCAGAUGCAGAUGUUGAAAGCGCUGCAAAUACUGGAGACUCGACUAAAAUCAAAACUGAGCCUAGUUCCGACCCAUUGAUUAAGCAGGAGCCGUUAUAUGGAUACGCAGAUGAGUUAGUAUCGUCUGAUGCGUCUACACCAAACACUUCAAGGCCGCUGCUUGACACUCCUUCAAAACCGGUGUCGAGUGCUAGGUUAAAAGCUAUACAGAAAAGAAAAGCUAAAUUCAAUGCCAAAUCUGGUUCCAACAAAUUGAAACAAGUGGAUAUCUCUCAAAGUUCUAUAUCCAGACAAAUGGUUGAAAAUGGCGAUGUAAUGGAUAUCGAUUCUGAUAAUAAUGGAAAUACUCAUCCACAGUUUGACUUGACUUCACAACAAGGUGGAGAAAAAUUGGUUGUUGAAGCUAAAGUUGAAGAAAUUUCACCUUUACUUUCGUUGCACAAUAAGGUGACUGGUUUAAUCUGGCUUUUUCAAGGUGUUUAUGAGUUGUUAUUAGCAGACUUGUUUGAUGAUAAAUGGGAAAUCAGACAUGGGGCAGCAUUGGGACUUCGUGAACUUAUCAGAGUUCAUGGUAAAGGAGCAGGAAGAAUCAUGAAUAAGACUAAAGAAGAAAAUGAUCAUAAUAAUGCUUUGACUUUGGAGGAUUUGGCGGUUCGUUUAUGCAUCUUGUUUGUUCUUGAUAGGUUUGGUGAUUAUGUUUCUGAUACCGUUGUUGCACCCGUGAGAGAGUCCAGUGCACAAACAUUAGCGGCACUUUUGAUCCAUUUGGAUGAUAAGACAGUGAUUAAGACUUUUGAUUGUUUAUACACAAUGACAUUACAAGAAGGGUUACCACCACCAAAGUGUUGGGAAGCUAAACAUGGAGGUAUGUUGGGUGUUCGUUAUCUUGUUAGUGUACGAACUGAUGUUUUACUCAACAAGCCUGACAUGUUUGAUCGAGUGUUGAACAUGGUUCUCCAUGGGCUUCAAGAAAGCGAUGAUGAUGUGCAGUCAGUCGCAGCAUUGACUUUAACGCCCAUCGCGUCGGAGGUUGUCUCGACGAGAAAAACUGUCAUUCAAUCGUUAUUAUCGGUAAUUUGGGAUUGUUUGGUUAAUUUAAGGGAUGAUUUAUCAGCUUCUAUUGGGUCGGUUAUGGAUUUAUUGGCAAAGUUGUGUAGCCAUAAAGAAGUUAUUGAUAUAAUUCAACGUGAUGCUGCUAAAGAUGACAGAUAUUCUUUCAAGCACUUGGUGCCUAGAUUGUACCCAUUUUUGAGACAUUCAAUUACGAAUGUGAGAAAAGCAGUUUUGAGAACCAUCUUGGAAUUCUUGUCAAUAACAGAAGAGAAUAUCACAAAAACCUGGAUUGAUACAAAGACAAUUAGACUUAUUUUUCAGAAUUUAUUGGUUGAGCAAAACUCUGACGUUUUGCAAUUGUCAAUUACAGUUUAUAGCAGGUUGUUGGAAGAGAUUAACAAGUACAACAUGGAUUUGGACAAUUUAUUUGUUGUGCAGUCACUGGAUUUAUUGACCUUGACUUUGACACCAAUUGGAAUAGCAAGACUGAACUUCCAAAUGGAUACAAGAUUGAUAAUGAGGCCAUCAGGUCAAAUGGUGGGUUCAUUAGAUGAGGAUGAAGACAGUCGUCGUCGUCGCUUGAAGAAACGUGGCAGACAACAAUCACAAGCACAAGAGCCAAUUACAGUCGAAGAUAAUGGUAUACCAAUGGAAGAUUUGAAAAUUAAUAUUGAUGCACCAGUGUACAAAGGAGAUGUAAUGCUCAUUGGAUUUGAGAAAAUGAUUGCUACUCGAUGUGCUGCUGCUAGUGCUUUUGGUAAGACUUUAGUCUUAAUAAAGGAUCAAACUACUUUGAGCCAAGUACUUCAAAAUUUAUCAUUGUAUUUUGACUCGCCUUUUGAGACCUCCAGGUUAUUAAGUGCUUUUAUUGUUGAAGAAUUUGCUACAUCGGCAAAGGAUCAGGAGCAUAAGCCAGAUGAAGCAACUAUCGCAAUACUUGCAGACACAUUAACGUCAACACUUCAAAAUCCAACCACACUACCAUACUUUCGUGAGUUGAUACCUUCACUCAAAGCUGUACGAACUUCAUGUUUACAGUUGUUUGAUUGUUUUGUUUCAACCGCUAGGUUAUCACCAUCGAAAAUACCACAAAUACCGAUACUUGUACAAGGUGAAACUGAUGCGGGUCCAAAUGCGUUUACUUUAGAAAGUGCAGAAAAGAUUACUGGUGAUGUUUUCGAAAAAUUAAAGAAGAGUUUAUCGAAUAAUCACCGGUUGGUAGCAAAUCAGGCAUUGGAAGAUGCCAAGCAUAGAGUCACGCUUGCUGUUGAUGAAUGCAAAAGCUUGAUAAAUUCGAAAAGUACUGCUAUCUUGGCAUCUUAUGCUGGUGCUGCUUUGGCUUUAUCUGGUAUACCAAAGAAGUUGAAUCCAAUCAUCAAAUCAUUGAUGGAAAGUAUCAAGUUGGAGGAUUCUCUCGUGUUGCAAAAGAAAUCAGUGUUUUCAGUUGGUAGUUUAAUCCGCCAAUUGAAUGAAACCGGCAAGAGAAAUGUUGCUGAUAAAAUCAUCAAGAAUUUAUGUGCAUUUUUGUGCGUUGAUACUGCUGAGGUGCCCGAGUUUCAUCAUAAUGUUGGCUUCAAGACUAAUAUUCUAUCAUUACGAAAAGAAGAAGGGGCCAGUGAUCAUGCUGAUGCGGCAGCUCAUGAGAGAGCAGUUCAUGAAGCAAGAAUCAAACGUCGUGGUGCUUUGCUUGUACUUGAGGAGAUAAUACUCAUCUACAAGGAAAACUUGUUCACUGAGGUGCCCAAGUUGAAGGAAUUAAUGAUUGGGCCAUUGAAAGAAUUGGCCACGUCGAAUAGUGACGAAAUAGUCAGGGAUGAAUUUAAAGGACAGAGUAUAAUUGAUGCUUUGGGUAUACUUAAGGCAUUAUUGCCCAAAAUUGACAAAUCAUUACAUCCUGAAAUUACUGAGCAUUUGGAGCUUUUGUUACCAGGAUUAAAGUCAGAGUACUCUGUUUUCCGUUAUUCAACUGCUAAAUGUUUUGCCACGAUAUGUUCAGUUGCUCCAACUAAAGCAUUUACGUUUUUAGUUAAUUCAAUCUUGCCAAUGUUGAAGAAUGCCGGCAGCAUAAUUGAAAGACAAGGAGCUAUUGAAACCAUAUAUCAUAUUUCUGCUGUAAUGGGUGCUAGCAUUUUACCCUACGUUAUGUUUUUAAUUGUGCCAGUAUUGGGAAGAAUGAGUGAUUCUGAUCAUGAUGUACGAGUACUUGCUACUACUACAUUUGCCUCAAUCAUUAAAUUGGUACCAUUGGAAGCUGGUAUUCCUGAUCCCGAGGACAUGCCACAAGAGUUAUUGGAAGGUAGAGAAAGAGAACGUGAUUUCAUAUCACAAAUGAUGGAUCCAACGAAGAUUAAAUCUUUUGAUUUACCAGUAUCAAUUAAAGCAACAUUGCGUAAGUAUCAACAAGAAGGUGUUAAUUGGUUGGCUUUUUUGAACAAGUACCAUUUACAUGGAAUAUUAUGUGAUGAUAUGGGGUUAGGUAAGACAUUACAGACUAUCUGUAUCAUCUCCUCGGAUCAUCACAUUAGAGCCGAAAAGUAUGCCGAGACUGGUGCCGUCGAAUAUAGGAGAUUACCGUCGUUGGUGAUUUGUCCACCAUCCUUGACUGGUCACUGGGAACAAGAAAUUAAUCAGUAUGCACCAUUUAUGAAGGUGUUAGUUUAUGCUGGUAAUCCAAGUAUCAGAACGCCAUUGAGAAGUCAAUUACCCCAUGUGGAUGUUGUUGUCACAUCAUAUGAUGUUUCUCGUAAUGAUGUCGAGUAUUUGAGCUCAUUGGAUUACAAUUAUUGUGUCUUGGAUGAGGGCCAUAUCAUCAAGAAUGCAAAUUCCAAACUUUCAAAAUCAGUAAAACAAAUUCGAGCUGAACAUAGAUUGAUCUUAUCUGGUACGCCGAUUCAAAACAAUGUAUUGGAAUUGUGGUCGUUAUUUGAUUUUUUAAUGCCCGGAUUUUUGGGUACAGAAAAAGUUUUCCAUGAGAAAUUUGCCAAACCAAUUGCAGCAAGUAGGAAUAGUAAGACAUCAUCCAAGGAACAAGAAGCUGGUGCAUUGGCACUUGAAUCUUUACAUAAGCAAGUGUUGCCAUUUAUGUUGCGUCGUCUUAAAGAAGACGUUCUUUCUGACUUGCCACCAAAAAUCAUCCAAGAUUAUUAUUGUGAGUUAAGUGAGUUGCAAAAGAAGUUGUAUAAGGACUUUGCCAAAAACGAAAAAGAGAGUAUCAAGAAUGAUGUAUCAUCGGCUGAAAAGGAGGGUAAGACACAUGUAUUCCAAGCGUUGCAAUAUAUGAGAAAAUUAUGUAAUCAUCCAGCAUUGGUUGUAUCACCAAACCAUCCCAAAUAUGUUGAUGUUGAAAAUUUCCUUGCUUCAAGAAAUUCGCAGUUGAGAAAUAUUGAGCAUUCACCAAAAUUGCAAUCAUUAAGAACUUUAUUACUAGAGUGUGGAAUUGGAACUCAAGAUUCUGAUUAUGGCAAAUCGAAGCAAAAGAAAACCAAUGAUGCGCUUAUGCCUCUUGAAGGGGUCAUUUCAGAACAUCGUGCUUUAAUCUUCUGUCAAUUAAAGGAUAUGUUGGAUAUUGUUGAAAAUGACUUGUUAAAGAAAUACCUUCCCUCAGUGACGUACAUGAGAUUGGAUGGUAGUACAGAUCCAAGAAAUCGUCAAGCUAUUGUACGUAAAUUCAAUGAUGAUCCGUCAAUUGAUGUGUUACUUUUGACUACUAAAGUUGGUGGUUUAGGUUUGAAUUUAACUGGUGCUGAUACUGUCAUCUUCGUUGAACAUGAUUGGAAUCCAAUGAAUGAUUUACAGGCAAUGGAUAGAGCUCAUAGGUUGGGUCAGAAAAAGGUUGUUAAUGUCUAUCGAUUGAUCACUAAGGAUACCCUUGAAGAAAAGAUUAUGGGUUUACAGAAAUUCAAAAUGAAUAUUGCUUCAACUAUUGUCAACCAGCAAAAUGCCGGGUUACAAUCAAUGGAUACGAAUCAAUUGUUGGACUUGUUUGAUGUUGAUGAUAGUGGAGUUAAGAUGGAAGAGGGUUUUAAUAAUGAUGACAGUGGAGCAAAUGGAAAUGGAAAUGGACCAGGCCUCGGAAAUAGUGGUGCCAACGUGACAGAGGAACUUACUGGUGGUUUGACUGGUAAAGCAGCUGGUGCUGUUGGAGAAUUGGCUGAAUUGUGGGAUGAGAAACAAUAUGAAGACGAAUACAAUCUUGACAAUUUUAUCAAAACAUUGAAGUAA